UCAUAGGUUUUAGACUAUGGACCCUGAAACCAAAUGCAUAUGUUGAUGGCACCAUUUAACUUCCUAUAUGUUUUCAUGCCUUCAAUUUCUUUUGUUUUUUUUCUUUCUGGAUUUGAUAUCAAUUUUAUGUUUUGGUUCUAGGUUUAUUGUUUUUAAAUGCUCAUGUUUAUUAUUUUCUUUUGAUUUUGACUAUUGAUUUCAUUUUGUGUGUGUUUUUCGUUUUACCCUAACCCUAGUUAUGUGAUUUGUGGUUUCCAUGCACCAAACUUCUCAUUCAACCGUGGUUUAUAGAUUAACAGAUGUUUUGGUCAUAAAGCUAAAAUAUUUUUAGAUGCUAUAAAUAAUUUGAAUUCUAUUAGUCAAGUGGUUCUAGAUGUUUUAGACUUGGAACAAAUGAUCCUGAAAUGAAUUCAUACCUAUAACCAAAUGCAUAUACUUAAGAUGCUUCUUUUAUGUUAAUGUCUCAAUUGCAGUUGGUUUAAAAUACUAUGGACCGCCUCAAAUCUAGGAUACCCACGGUGCCAUAUGACCUGAUGUUCCCUUACUUGAUUUAUGAUCACCCAGACAAAGCCAAAGAACUUCAAGCUUUAUUCGACAAAUAUAAGAGAGAUGAAAUACCCAAGUAUGUUUUUGUAAGGCUUUUGGUUGAGAUUGUGGGGGAUGAUCAACAAGUUUUAUCAGCAUUAAUACAAAUGCGAAAGAAAAGAAUUCUACCGCUCACAGUCAAUGAACAGUCUAAAACCCAAAUCAGUUCUAGGUUACCUGUGCUGCCAUAUGACCAGAUGUUCCCUUUCUUGUUUCCCGAAAUUCACAACGACAAAGCCAAAGAAAUUCAAGCUUUAUUUGACAAAUAUAAGAGAGGUGAAAUACCCAAGUAUGAUUUUGUAUCGCUUAUGAAAGACAUUGCGGGAGAGGAGAAGCUUAGAUCAGCAGAAGCAAAACUGAAACAACAGAAAAGAUAUCUACCAGUCACAGUCAAUGAACAGCCUAGAACCCAAAUCAAUUUUACAAUGCCUGUGAUGCCAUAUGACCAGAUGUUCCCUUUCUUGUUUCCCGAAAUUCACAACGACGAAGCCAAAGAAAUUCAAGCUUUAUUUGACAAAUAUAAGAGAGGUGAAAUACCCAAGUAUGAUUUUGUAUCGCUAAUGAAAGGCAUUGCGGGAGAGGAGAAGCUUAGAUCAGCAGAAGCCAAACUGAAACAACAGAAAAGAUAUCUACCAGUCACAGUCAAUGAACAGCCUAGAACCCAAAUCAAUUUUACAAUGCCUGUGGUGCCAUAUGACCAGAUGUUCCCUUUCUUGUUUCACGAAAUUGACCAAGACAAAGCCGGUGAACUUAAAGAUUUAUUUGACAAAUAUAAGAGAGAUGAAAUACCCAGAAAUACUUUUUACUCGCUUAUGAAAGACAUUGUGGGGGAGGAGCUGCUUUUAUCAGCAUCAGAAAAACUGCAACAGGUCAAUGAACUGUUUAGAACCCAAAUCAGUUUUAGUUUGCCUGUGGUGCCAUUUGACCAGAUGUUCCCUUUCUUGUUUCCCGAAAUUCACAAAGACAAAGCCAAUGAAAUUCAAGCUUCAUUCGACAAAUAUAAGAGAGGUGAAAUACCCAAGUAUGAUUUUGUAUCGUUUAUGAAAGGCAUUGUGGGGGAGGAGAAGCUUAGAUCAGUAGAAGCAAUACUGAAACAACAGAAAACAAAUCUGCUGGUCCCAGUCAACGAACACCCUAGAGUCCAAAUCAAUUCCAGUGAACGGGUAUUGCGAUUUGACCAGCUGUUUCCUUUCUUGAUUUCCCAUAUUGACCCAGACAAAGCCAUUGGACUUCAAACUUUAUUCGACAAAUAUAAGAGAGGUCAAAUAGGCGAGCAUACUUUUGUUCCUUUUAUGAAAGGCAUUUUGGGGGAGCAGAUGCUUAGAUCAGCAAAAGUGAAACAACGGAAAAGAAGUCAGCUGUUCCCAGUCAACAAACAGCCUAGAACCCAAAUCAAUUCCAGUGAACUGGUGUUGCCAUUUGACCAGCUGAUCCCUUUAUUGAUUUCCCAAAUUGACCCAGACAAAGCCAUUGAACUUGAAGUUUUUUUUGACAAAUACAAGAGAGGUGAAAUACCCGAGCAUACUUUUGUGUCGGUCAUGAAAGGCAUUUUGGGGGAGCAGAUGCUUAGAAUAGUCACAGAAAAAGUGAAACGACAGAAUAUAACCAACACAGGUUCUUAUGGCACAUCUCUCUAGAAGUCUGAAUGCUGCUACCUAGCUAACACUGCUGGACCUUGUUAAAGUGUUGUAGGUACUUGUGUGAUAUUAAGAUAGCAAGUUGCAAGUAGUACUUGUCUGAAUCCUGCCUAUUCUGUGAAAAUGUGGUUUAGUCAUUUAAUUUAGGAAAAUGCUAGAUUGUGCUCUUGCAAUGUGUAGCACCACAAGCCAAAGUGAGAGUGGUAUCACAUUUUAACUUGUUCCACUGUCGCAAAGGGCAUUUUUCUAUCUUAACCGUACCUACUAUGCUUGGGAUGA